AAAAAAAAAACAGGAAACGUUACAGAAACGAAAAGUUGGGGACGUUUUCAAGGCAAAGAUGGCUUGCUUUGAAAGCAAUAAGGGGAGUUUGGAGGAGGACAGCUAUGAGGGAGCGGUCGGCGGAGGGCUGUCCAGCUGCGCCUUGAUGAUGAAGAAGGAAGAAGAAUCCCUCCUCAGCCCUUCAGAGAGCCCCGGCACCUUCAUCAGCAGCUCCUCCAAUAGCCUCCAGGCUGCUGCCCCUCUUCAGGGCUACGACGUGGAGUUUGACCCACCCUUAGAGAGCAAAUACGAGUGCCCCAUCUGCCUCAUGGCCCUGAGGAAUGCCAUCCAAACGCGCUGUGGUCACCGUUUCUGCAAGAGCUGCAUCGAGAAGUCUAUUCGCGACACGGGACAGAGGUGCCCUGUGGACAACGAAAUGCUGUCAGAAGAUCAGCUUUUUCCUGAUAACUUUGCCAAAAGGGAGAUCCUAUCGCUAACUGUUCGCUGUCCAAACUCUGGCUGCGCCGAGAAAAUGGAGCUCCGACAUUUAGAGAUUCAUUUGGAGCAGUGUCAGUUCGCCACGGCGCCUUGCUCACAGUGCCAGCAGUCGGUGAGAAAGAGCCACCUAGAGGAGCACACAACUGUUGAGUGCCAGAGAAGACCUGUGUCGUGCCCAGAUUGUGUGGCGUCUUUUGUUUAUGAGGAGAGAGAGCUUCACGAGCAGCAGUGUCCCUUUGCCAGCGUGAAGUGCCAGUACUGUGAGAUGGAUCUCAUCAGAGACCAGAUGGAGUCUCACUGUGACACAGAUUGCCCAAAAGCACCCAUCGCCUGUAACUUUAGCAUCUUUGGAUGUAAAGAAAGGAUGCAGCGCCACAACCUGGCUCAGCACAUGCAGGAGUUCACUCAGAUGCACAUGCGCUACAUGGCGGAGUUUUUGCGCGGCCUCAGCCUCAACGGCACCACACCCAAGCCGCUGUGGCCGCUCGGACCUGCCGUUUCCGCCGAGGAUCAGGGCGCCGCUGCACCGGUAUCGGCCUGCGGCGGACCCAGAGGGCCCACGAGCUGCAGCAGCAACUGCACUCAGCCCAGCGAGGAGAUGCAGAGGCUCCGAGAGAUGGACGGACGGCUGGUGAAGCAGGACCACCAGCUGCGGGAGCUCAUCAUCCUAAAGGAAACACAGGCUGGCCAGCUUGCAGAGCUCAGGCGCAGGGUUUCCAUGCUGGAGGAGACGGUGAAGGAGCUGGAGGCCCAGCAGUGUCACGGCAUCUUCAUCUGGCGCCUCCGAGGCUUCUCUGCCCACCUGAGGAACCAAGAAGCGGGCCUCCCCGUGGUCGAGCACAGCCCCGGCUUCUACACCGGCCGCCCCGGCUACAAGCUGUGCCUCCGUUUGCACCUGCAGACCCCCAACGCCCCGCGCUGCUCCAACUACAUCUCCCUCUUCGUCCACACCAUGCAGGGGGCGUUCGACGGGCAGCUGACGUGGCCGUUUCAAGGGACCAUCCGGCUGGCCAUCCUGGACCAGGGCCCCGAGUGUCUGCAUCACAUGGAGGUGAUGGAGACGAAGCCGGACCUGCAGGCCUUCCAGAAACCCACCAACCAGCGCAACCCCAAAGGAUUCGGCUACGUCACCUUCAUGCACCUGCACCAGCUGAGUCAGAGGGCGUUCGUUAAAGACGACACGCUGCUCAUCCGCUGUGAGGUGACGCCGCGUUUUGACAGUACGGUUCACCGCGACGGGCCGACGGUGCAGCCUCGAGGACCCGAAGCGUCGCUUUCAAGGGACUAACGUCAAAGUCAUUUCUCUGGACGCCUCGUCACACGUACAGUCUUCUGGAGCUUCAGUUCAUUUUGGAGGAGGAAAACUGACUAAACCAUUUACUUUUUGGAAAUUGCAAUAGUAGUAUUUAUUUGUUUUCCAGACUUUUAAAUAUCAGUCAUUUUUUUAUUUUUGAUGUAAACAGCUUUGGAAAUAAUUAUUAGACCACUUUUUUUUUUUUGCACUUUUUGGUGACAUUAUUAAAUCGCCAUCUUGCAAUUCUCUUCUAUUCAGCAUAGCUGAUUAUUUAGUUUAUCUGUUGACUUUACAUAUGCAGCUCAUGCACAGAAUGUUCUAUCACAUUUUAAACAUUUUUAUUGUAUGUAUUGAAUUAUUUCAAGAUAUUUUUAUGUCUUGAUGAUCCUGCAAUUAGUUACCUGCUAGUAUAAAAUUCUAAAGAAAACAGCAGGUGGUCUAGUAAUCAUUUCCAAAGCAGCUCAAUGUUUUUAAUUUUUCCAAUCUAUGUACUCUCCCACACGGUACCAUCAAUCACCAAAGCCUCGUAUGUUCAAAAUAUGUAAAUAUUCAGUGUUUAAUCAGCUCAGCAGACUGAAAAUCACUACAAGAAUUUGCUCUCUUGUUGUGGUUGUUGGAGACAGCGUAGAAUGUCGUAAGGUACCCUGAGGAGUUUUUGUCCACUGGGGGCGCCGUGUAGCAACGUUUUAAAGAGCAGAUCGCAUUGUAUGCCAUUUUAUCUCAUCUUGUACAAGCAUGCACAAGGAGACGGAGACGUGGGGAUGUGCAGGAAUGGUAGCGUAGGUUGAAAGUGAAUUGCUUGAUGAUGCUGUAGACAUGCUGCUAAACAAGGCCGCUCAUUCCUCCAUAUGGCACUGCCAGAAAUGCAGCCUUGUUUAUUAGAUAUUGAUGAUCAGAAAACACGGCAACAUAGAAUGUCGCCAUUAUAGAUGCACCCACAAACAAAAUGACCUCGUGCUAAGCACAGGCAUGUGCAUGACCUAAAUAUGUAGUGGGCGGCAAGAAUUGAUGAAACACCCCCACAAUUUAAUCAAUUGUUUCUUGUAUCAUUUCUGAUGGAUAAGUCCUGAUAAGUCCACAGUGGUGGAUUUGUAGUAGGAUUUAAAUCAUGUGAUCGUCAACAGGCAGCUGAUGUAGUGUUCACUUGUUGUCAUGGUUACACUGACAUUGUGCCGCUACGUUGCAAUGAUACAGUAAUCUUUAAAAACAUCCAUGGAUCCAGACUAUAAGCCGCAUCACUGCCAAAAUAUAAUCAGGUGGUCCUUGUGUCAUUUCUGACCUUCACUGAAAAUUUCAUCCAAAUCCGUUUGUCCGCUUUUGAGUAAUGUUGCUGACAGACAGAUGUCGAUCGUUGCAUAACUCCGCCACUUUCCUUGGCAGCAUAAUUAUGUUAUUAAAUCACAAUUUAAGACCAUAUAAAGACCAGAUGGAACAAAAACCUGCGGAAAAGCUGUAAUUUUAGCAUUCCACUCCUGUGUGAGGAGUUUCCAUGUGCAAAAAACACGGAAGCCUGAAGAACCCGUUUUCCCUGCAGCAGAAUCAACUGAAGGUCCAUCAGAAGCGAUCGGACAUUCUUUGGUUUCGCUGUUUGACACUGGACUCAUGGAGGCAAACAACCUUCUAAUAUUACAGCAACAAGGUGAAGAAUGAGAUGAGAAGUUGAUUUAGAGUUUUUGGAACGUUUCAGUGCAUUCGUUGGGCGUCUUGUUGGGAAACACUGACUUACCAGUUUACUCAAAAACUCCCCAGGAUAUCUCUUCAGAAAGGUCAUUGUGAUGAAUAGAAUUAGUAAAAUUUUGUGUGCUGUUUCUACUCAGUGUUUCAUGCUUAACUACUUCUGACUGGAUUGCUCUUCAAGCAUCACUGUGGCUAAUGUAGCAAAAAAUAGUCUUGUAAACAUGGAGGACACUCUGCUUACCGGGUUUGAUUUUUACCAGAUAAAGACUCAUCACCGAGUUGCUGUUGAAACUUUUGUGCCUUUUAGACAAAUUCCUGCUAAAUGUGACCAAUAUUCUCAACAUAAAUGUCAUUGUCACUUGUCUGUACUUCUAAGCAAAAUGCUGCCUUUGUGUAAUUAAUAUGCUGUAUUUCUUAGUCUGAUUUUGCCAUUUGUCACAUUGGAUUGUUGUGAGGCCAUUUAAAGAGAUUUGAUUGUGUAAAGCAUGUCACACUGAAUGCAGUUAAAGGUAAUGACUGUAUGGAUCGUUGUUUUUAAUCACGUGAUCAUGAAAAAAAGGCUGAAAUUAAAGCUAAGAUCUUUUAAUCUCA